UAUAACGAGCAUCAUUCCAGUAAAAGAACUCGAAGUGUAACAACGUAUUUUGGCGUUGCUCCCGGAUACAAAAGAAAAAAAAAUCAUUUCUGAGUUAAAGUGUUUGUGAAUUACACGGCCGCAUCAAAGCUACAAAUCAUAUAAGAACCGAAAUAAGUCGCAAAAGCACACCCGUUCAACAUGGCGGACGGUGAAGAAGAACAGUUCUCAUUGUGUUGGAACAAUUACAACACAAAUCUAUCAACCGGUUUUCAUGAAUCGCUGGUCCGGGGCGAUUUGGUCGAUGUCACAUUAGCGGCAGAAGGUCAGCUAGUAAAGGCUCAUCGUUUGGUGUUGUCAGUAUGCUCACCAUACUUUCAACAAAUGUUCACAACAAUGCCUGCUAAUCAGCACGCAUUCGUAUUCCUGAAAGACGUUCCACAUGCCGCACUGAAAGACUUGAUUCAAUUCAUGUACUGUGGCGAAGUGAAUGUGAAGCAAGACGCCUUGCCAACAUUCAUCAGUACAGCGGAAGCGCUACAAAUCAAAGGUCUCACUGAAAAUGGUGACACACAAUCAGCACCAGUACAAAUGCCUUCCACACAAACUCACGUACCAAUCAAACAAGCUACCUCAACACCCGUUGUACAAAGUCAACAACGGCCGCGCACCGUACAACAGCGCAAUGUCAGCCGAUCGUACAAAUUGGACUCUGAAGAUAGUAGCGACGACAAAGCUGCUACCAUCAUGGUGUCACAAAAACGUGUCUUACCCCGAAGUGCUGUGUCGGCACCAGCUUCGGCCAAACGCAUAAAAACCAUAUCAUCGGAUCCGCUUGAACAACCCGAAACGUCACGUGUUGUUCAAUCAGCCCAACAAGGAACCUCCACUCAAAUUGUUCAAGUCACAUCGGCCGCCGACGUUGGCAAAGGUGUUGGCGAACCGGAAUUCAUUGAUCUACCUAUCGAAACAAUACCCACCAAGGCUGAACCGGACUAUGGCGAUGAUGGCGAUGUUGAACAGGCUGACGAUGCUGAAGCAACAUAUGUUGAAGACGAAUCUUACGGUGAUAUGAAAUACGACGAAAGCUACUUUACGGAAGGCGAAGACACGACAAAAGGCGCAUCGGCAUCUGGAUUUGGCGACUCUUACAAUGAAGGUGACACAUCGGCUAACGAGGCACAAGGUCGAAGGAAAAGGCAUUCAACACGACAAUCACAAUCGAAGAAGACACAAGCAAAACCAUUACGAGCAGAAGUUGAUUUGAUCAUGAAAAAUCCACCAACUAAAUUCAAGUAUGUGCCGACGCUAUUGGGGUCCGGCAAAAUUAACAUCGAUGAUCACGUUUAUGACUAUCACUUCAAAUCACAACGAAUCAAUUUUUGGAAAUGUUCACAGCCAAAUUGUCCGGCAAAGGUCAUAACACGCUCAAAUGAUGCCUGGAUCUUACAUCCCAUUCAUUCACAUUGAACCGGACCUUCAUGCUUGAAGAUCCCCAUAUUUCAUUGUUUGCCCAACAUUUCCGAGUCAUUCUAUUUUUUGCAGUUUAAAGUUUACUUUCAUCUACGCCUUAUUACAUAAGCAAAACAGAAAUUACUUUACUUUUAAAUGAUAUAUCUAUCUGUUAUAAUCUGAUGAUAGGGAAAACUCGGUCAGUUGAUGAAAAUUGUGUAUAGGGUUUGAGUAACGUGAACAUGUGCACGGUUCGAAUUUUCGGGGGUGUCAAACAUGAGAAAAUUUCGAGAAGUAUUGUUAUGAUGGAGGAUUGCGAUCUUUUUAAAGAAUGGUUGAUACACGUUAAUUUUACUGUUAAAAUCAUUGUAGAAACCUCAAAAUAAUAAAAUAUUCGAAUACGUGAGUGAAAAUUUCAACUCAAACUUAUAAUGAGUGUCAUAAAUCCUCUCACUGUGCAUGUAUUCGUAAGCAUAAUGAAAUGUUUUAUGGCGUAGAUGAUUACUACAGUUUUAUUUUUAUUAUCGCAUAUUGGUUUCUUUUGUAGAAUAAAUAUUUAUAAUUUUUCUUUA